UGUAAAUGGGUUUAUGGGUUUAGAUUUAUUGUGUCGUCUUUACAGUUUGAGGAAGUGUUUUUGACCAAACGGGAGGAGUAUGAAAAACUGCUGAAUGAUGGAGCCCUGAUGUUUCAGCAGGUGCCUUUGGUUGACAUAGACGGGAUGCAGCUCGUGCAGUCAAAGGCUAUCUUGAAUUACAUCGCUGGAAAAUACAGUCUAUAUGGAAAAGACCUUAAAGAACGGGCUAUGAUCGACAUGUAUUCAGAGGGAAUCGGUGAUCUCAUGGAUUUGUUUAUAAUGUAUCCGUUCACACCACCUGAAAACAAACAGAAACACCUCAGUAAUAUAGAGCAAAAGGCCAAAGAUCGCAUUCUUCCUGUGUUUGAAAAGGGUCUUGCAAACUCUCAGUUCCUUGUGGGAAACCAGUUGAGCCGUGCUGACGUUCACCUUCUUGAAGUCACUCUGAUGCUGCAGGAGUUACUCCCUACAAUACUUGCAAGCUUUCCCAAAAUCCAGGUGCUUCACAGUUUCUCACACAGACACCCAACCCCAAAAUUCCUUAACGAAACCAUUUUUUUCAACAUAUGA